GUGAUUGAUCGUUAAUUUAAAAUUUAUUUUCUUCCGGUAGUUUUGUUAAAUUGCAUGGUAAUUUUAUUCAAAUUUAACAUGACAAUUAUUUUGAUUUUUAAUUGUAAUGUAAUUCGAUAGCAAAACUGACACGAGUGAUAAUCGAUCAUCGAGUUGAGUUGUUGUUUAAAUAAUCGAACUCUAUGACGACAGCUAGUGGAGUCUUGUUGCAUUACCCCUUAUUUUUUAGCCAGGAGCAGAAUGUAAUUAUGGAGGUGAAAAUGGAGAUAAAGUUCUGAGACAGAACUGACAGCGUCAGUGGACAGUUGAAAAUAUUAUUGACAGUAAGAGGGUUAUUUUUUAGUUUAAAAAAUUUUAACGCGAUGCAAUUAUGCCAGUGGAACUGUUUGGAGUGUGCGGAGAACUGGAGAUGUUUGAGAUAAUUUUAUUGUCGAGUAAUGCGAUACAUUAUGCCGCGGAGGAGGGUUAUCACAGGCGCGAUGUCAAAAAGACUGAGUUUCUUUAUUCUAGUCGGCUUAACAUCUCUUUGUAUUCUUGUACUAGUAUUUAAUCAACGGUAUUAUAAUAUUAUCGAGCAUCGAUUACAACCAGUGAUAUCGGAUGUGGAGAUAAGGUCGCGGAAUAAUAUCAAGCAACAUCAAGAUCCAUUUACGAUUUUUUCAGAAAGAAUAAAUCUAUCGUUCUUGGAGAUCCAAGAUGUCGUUGAUCAGCAGCGACGUGAUAUCGAACGUGAUAUGGAGACUUACGAAUAUCCCAAUGGAAAAUAUGGUCUAAAUAUAAGCAAUCUUGAUGAUUUGCUGAUGGAAAAAGGUGGAAGACCAAUGAGAAGUGUUAUUCUUGCUAAUUGGCGAAGCGGCAGUACAUUUUUAGGUGAUGUCGUUAAUUCACAUCCAGCAAAUUUUUAUCAUUACGAACCACUGCUGGAUUUUGGAAUCGUCCAAGUACGAGGUCCUCCACUAGCUCAAGCUGCGAUUGCUAAUAUAUAUGCAUUAUUUAAUUGUGAAUAUAAUAAACUACAAAACUAUUUAGAUUUCGGUAAAACUCACCCUUGGGUUUUUAAUCACAAUACUCAUUUAUGGACACAGUGUGUAAUUCAUAGAAAAAUAUGUUGGGAUCCGUUGUUUGUAACGAAAUUUUGUCGCAUAUUUCCAUUUCAAUCAAUGAAACUAGUGCGGCUAAGACUGAGAAUUGCUCAGGUGUUACUUGAGGACGAGAGUCUUGGAGUUCGUAUGGUCUUAUUAAUAAGAGAUCCCCGGGGAUUAAUGCAAUCGCGUAAGCAUCGAAAUUGGUGCCCAGAUAGUCCUGAUUGCUCAGAUCCAGCGCGCGUUUGCGCUGACAUGGUAUCCGACUAUGAAGCUGCUGUGCGACUUAAAGAAAAAUAUCCUCGCAAUUUCAAAGUCGUACGCUAUGAAGAUCUAUCUGUUGAUCCAUUUUCAAAUGUCAAAGACCUAUUUGAAUUUUACGGUCUAAAUUUUCACCCGCAUGUUAUUAAUUUUUUGGAAACUCAUACUAAAAAUGAUUUCGGUGGUGUGUCGAGUACAUUCCGUAAUUCAAAAGCUGCGCCAUUUCAUUGGCGUAAUGAUCUCGAUUUUGAGGAAGUUGAAGAGAUUCAAAGUGUCUGUUCAACGGCAAUGAGACUGUGGGGGUACGUUCUAGCUAUCAACGAAACUCAUCAAAAAGAAUUUAAUCCAAUUGCUAGAAAUUAUCAGCCUUUAUAAUAUAUGUUUAUUUAUAUCAUCAUUUGUACGAUAGUCGUUUUUUUAAUUGAUCAAAGCAACUGGCAAUUUUUUUUAAAUAUUUAUAUUCCACGCUCGUACAUUCCCAGUUAAUGAUUUUUUAUAAUAGUAUUUUUCUCACCUCCGGGCGGAAAGCGUCAACUUUCGUCCCGCUGUGCAAAACGAAGUUGCCACUUUCCGCCUCCGUCGAGGAGAAAAAUAGUAUACACUCCUCGGGAAGUAAAUAAGAAAGCCUCAGAUCACAUGUUUGUUGACCUCGGCUUCGCCUCGGCCAACAAUUACAUGUGAUCUGAGACAUUUCUUACUUUACUUCCCUCGGUGUGUAAUAUACUAUUACACGCCAAGGGAGGAAAGUAGGCAAUUAUACACGUGGGUUGGAGUGUUCUACUUUCCUCCCUUGUUGCUUUAAAUUUAUUUGCUUUAGUUUUUAUACACAGAAAAAAAAAGAUUUCUUGGCGCAAGAAAUAUUUUGAACUAUGAAUUGAAGACAAAACUUUUCUUAGGAUUGGGAAAAGUUUCUUUGAGGACAUGUGGUAAAUAUAUUAAUUUUUUCCUUUGUACAUUGUACAAUAUACUACUCGAUAGCAUGAUAAUGAAGUGAAAUUUCUACUAACAAUAGUAAAAAUUUAAUUACUGGCUAGAUGUCGUUACAGUACCAAAUUUUGCUAAUGCGCGUUUUCAUCCCCUGACAUAUAUAAAUAUCCCCGAAAAAAUAUUACGGACAAAAUAUUUCCGGACAUAAUAUCCCCGACAAAAUAUCUUUCGACAUAAUUUUCACAAUUUUCCUGAAAAAUUAGCACUCUAAAUAGGCAGUUAUUUUUUAUUUAUAAAUUCCCACAAUUUUUCUGAAAAAAAAAGCACCCAAAUUAUUUGUGAAUUAUAUAAUUAUAUAAACAGAAUAUUUGGACUAGUCAACGAAUACUUAAAAAAUGUAAAUUUCUUUGGUGGAUCUCUUAAUUCAUUCAAAAAGUCAAUCCAAGUGGAAAUAGAAACCAGAGGGAAAGCAGAAGCCAAAAAUUAAGAAUAAUUAGAAUUCUCAAAUUUGUUAUUUUUUUUCUUUAGUAAUUUAUUCCUAAAGUUUACUUCUUAUGUAUUGUAGUUUAUUUUUAUUAUUCGCACUGGAUAACGCAAAUGAAAUAUGAAAAUUUGUCAAUUGCUGACAGCGUAAAUAAAUAAAUAAAUAAAUAAAUAAAUAAAUAAAUAAAUAAAUAAUGAAGCUAUUCGAUUACAGGGGUAUAAAAAUCGUAAAACAAUUUUUUACACUAAACAAAUAUAAAUUAUAUUCUUCAUAUCGUUGAUAUUUCUAAAUUUUCAUGUUUAUUUUAGUGCUUAUGAUGGUGUGGAUUAUUUUGUCAAGAGAAAUUUUGCUGAUAGGAUAUUUUGUCGGGGGAUGAAAACGCGGGGAAUCCGAAACUUAACUGGUAAUUUUUACUCAAAAUUAUCUGCGUGUAAUAAAAAAAAUUUCUUGGACCAAGUAAAAAUUUUUUGCGCCAAGAAUUUCUUAUUUUCUGUGUAAAUGUUUUAGUUAUGUAUAUUGUUGGUCCAAUUUAAAAAUAGUUUAGGGUAAUAUUAGAAAACACAUAAUGCAGGUUUUAAAUCCGUCUCGAAUUUUUAAUAAAUAAAUAAAAAAGAAUAAUUAAAUACGCCUUCAAGUGCCUGCUGUGGUCUUUACAGACCUUAUUGUAUUAAAUUACCAAAGUCAGAAACAUGCUAUUAAUAGUAUUUACAUAUAUUCCGUAUUAAUUAAUGAUAUUUAACAAUACAUGCAUCUAAUCAAUUUUUUUCAAUGCAACAAAUGUUUUAAUUACAGUUUUAUUUUAUUUAUUGUAUUAUAUAUAUGUAUAUUUUUUAAUUCGGGAAAGAAAUAACUCAUUGAUUUAUCUCCGAUACACGAAAUAUGACUUUAUAUAAAAUCAAAA